AUUUCUGUGAGCACAAAAUACAAAAGAGCAGAGUCGAAGUCCCACCAGUAACUAGCAACUAGUACUACGAAACCACAAUGUGCGGAGACGCGAGGAACUGGGACGAAGAUGCAUACAGAGAAAGCAUACUGAAGGAGAGGGAGAUUCAAACUCGAACGGUUUUCAGGACCGUUUGGGCACCCGCUCAAAACCCUAACCCUAACCCUAACCCGGAAACCAUUGUCGCCGCCUCCAGCGAUGGAUCGAUCGCCUCCUACUCCAUCUCCUCCUGCAUCUCCAAGCUCCAAAGUUUUAGGAAUACAAAGGCACAACACUUGUUAGUGGCUGAACCCGAUUGCUUUGUUCAAGGGCAUGAUGGACCUGCUUAUGAUAUCAAAUUCUAUGGUGACGGUGAAGAUGCCUUGUUACUAAGUUGUGGUGAUGAUGGUCGGAUUCGAGGAUGGAGGUGGAAGGAUUUUACAAAUUCAGACGUGCCCAUUACAUUGCAAGGGAAGCAAAUGAAGCCAGUACUUGACCUGGUGAAUCCCCAACAUAAAGGUCCUUGGGGUGCUCUUUCUCCAAUUCCUGAAAAUAAUGCCAUUGCUGUUAACAUACAGGGAGGAUCUAUUUUUUCAGCUUCUGGUGAUUCUUGUGCGUAUUGCUGGGAUGUGGAAACAGGUAAACUCAAAGUAGUUUUUAAGGGGCAUUCAGACUACUUGCAUUGUAUAGUUGCCCGAAACUCUGCCAACCAGAUCAUAACUGGUUCAGAGGAUGGGACUGCACGGAUAUGGGAUUGCAAAAGUGGAAAGUGUAUUCAAGUAAUUGAUCCAGCAGAGAACACUAAGUUGAAAGGUUUCUUCUCAUGCGUUAGUUGCAUUACUCUUGAUGGAAGCGAAAGCUGGUUGGCUUGUGGCAGUGGUCAGUGUUUAUCCAUUUGGAAUCUUCCUGCUUCUGAGUGCAUUUCAAGGACUUCAACUCGUGCUUCUGUGCAGGAUGUAUUAUUUGAUGACAAUCAAAUUUUGGCUGUUGGAGCAGAACCUCUUCUGUGUCGUUUUGACAUUAAUGGGGCGAUUCUUUCACAAAUACAAUGUGCUCCUCCAUCAGCAUUCUCUGUCUCCCUACAUCCGUCCGGGGUUACAGCAGUUGGAGGUUAUGGAGGUCUUGUAGAUGUUAUCUCACAGUUUGGAAGCCACCUUUGCACGUUCCGAUUCAUGGCGGCACCAGAGGGGUCACAAUUUGAUGCUCGUCAGUUUGAUGCUAAAAUGGAUGAGUUACUUUCAGUUGAUGCUCAGGACUUCUUCACAUCAUAUGAUGAGGUUUAUGAUAGUUUUGAUGCUAUGGGAUUGCAAGAGAAUCUUCUGAGGGGGAUUUAUGCUUAUGGUUUCGAAAAACCCUCUGCUAUUCAGCAAAGGGGAAUUGUACCCUUCUGUAAGGGUCUUGAUGUUAUUCAACAGGCUCAAUCUGGAACUGGAAAGACAGCAACUUUCUGCUCUGGUGUUUUGCAACAACUUGACUAUAGUGUGACGGAAUGCCAAGCUUUGGUCCUGGCACCCACUAGAGAGCUUGCUCAACAGAUUGAGAAGGUGAUGCGGGCACUUGGAGACUAUCUUGGUGUAAGAGUACAUGCUUGUGUUGGUGGAACAAGUGUUCGUGAAGAUCAACGCAUUCUGUCUAGUGGGGUUCAUGUUGUUGUUGGUACUCCUGGUCGUGUGUUUGAUAUGCUGCGAAGACAGUCACUUCGUCCUGAUUACAUCAAGAUGUUUGUAUUGGAUGAGGCUGAUGAAAUGCUUUCCCGGGGUUUCAAGGAUCAGAUCUAUGAUAUUUUCCAGCUUCUACCAUCAAAGAUUCAGGUUGGGGUAUUCUCUGCCACAAUGCCACCUGAGGCCCUUGAGAUUACUAGGAAGUUCAUGAACAAACCUGUUAGAAUUCUUGUGAAGCGUGAUGAGCUCACGCUGGAGGGUAUAAAACAGUUUUAUGUUAAUGUUGAUAAGGAGGAGUGGAAACUUGAGACACUCUGUGAUCUUUAUGAAACCUUGGCCAUCACCCAGAGUGUCAUUUUCGUGAACACGAGGCGCAAGGUUGAUUGGCUUACAGACAAGAUGCGGAGCCGUGACCACACAGUCUCAGCCACCCAUGGUGAUAUGGACCAGAAUACAAGAGACAUUAUCAUGCGGGAAUUCCGUUCUGGAUCAUCUCGUGUCCUUAUAACAACUGAUCUUUUGGCACGUGGUAUUGAUGUCCAGCAAGUCUCCCUUGUUAUUAAUUAUGAUCUCCCUACACAGCCAGAGAACUAUCUGCAUCGUAUUGGACGUAGUGGACGGUUUGGUAGGAAGGGUGUUGCCAUCAACUUUGUAACAAAGGAUGAUGAGAGGAUGCUGUUUGACAUCCAGAAGUUCUAUAAUGUUGUAGUUGAGGAGCUGCCAUCAAAUGUUGCUGAUCUCCUCUAAAGAGAUUUUGUUUUGUUUAGUAGAGAAAGACAGAUUCUGUUUGGUAAGUGUCAUUUGAUAUGUUUCUUUGUUUUCCUUUGCCAAGUCUUGUCUUAUAGGUCUACUGUCUUUAUUUUAAGAUGUUCGAGUUUCGGACUGUUUAAGUGGUACUUGCAGUGUAGAAACCAUCUUUGCCUGACAUGGUAUGAUGUUUGUAUGUGUUUUUAAUAUAAAGCAGUUGCAAUUUUGUUGAA